ACAUUUGGCACUAUGAUAAUCGUGCCCCCACGUCCAAUUCCCGGAAAUCAAAAUCUCCAGUGCUUACUUGUCGACCUAUUGAGUCACGAUCUACCUAUGCCCGGAAACUGGUGCACGGUUCAAGAUGAGUUGGGAAUAUACAAACCAUUGGGCAAUUUAUUACAGUUUCAACGUCAACCACCCUGGCCAGUGUCACUUAUUUACAAGUGCUUUGGUUUCUAUCGUGGUCGUGUCAUUUGGACGUCAAUUCAAAUGGUCCUAGAAAAGACCGUCUCUAAUGACACAAUUGCACCCAGAUGGAACAUUGUCUAUCAGGGCACAAACAAGAGCAUAGUUUACAAUUUGAAACAAUUAUUUGGUACGGAAGAGAAAAAACUGAUCUGGUCUGCGGAACCUCUGAUACCCCGGGAAAAUCCGUUGGCUCGAUUUGAUUUGUCCGAACCGCAAAGAGAAGUAUCAAUCAGACCGAUAGAGACUGUUUACUCGAGACUGGGCAGUCAGGUAUUCAAUGUGACUGUGCGAGAUACGAAUACCGAUGAAAUUGCCGUGGGGACAAAUAUCACUGUUAUUGUGUUACCACAAGAUGCGAAUGGCACCCUGGAUGGCAUCACAAAAGAUCCCAUUUUGAUUGUCCGUAAAGAUGNCGUUGAAGAACUCCAAAUACAAGGCAGGUGGAGUGGAGCUGUGAACAGGAAGGAUUGGGACAUACUCACUAUCAAUCAUACAAACGAUCGAGCAUUGAUCCGUCCCCCAGAGAACUAUGAGGCGUUCAGUGUGACAGGGAAUGCAGAAGUUAUAUGUCAAUUCUAUGCACCGGAUCAAACACUGCUCUUCGAAUUCAAUCGCACCGUGAAAGUAACCGAUCCGACAAAGUAUGCGCUGAAAUUCGAACCGUCCAACGGUCUGAUUCACGUGGGUGAUAGCACCAUAUUCAAUUGCGUUCUAACUUCGGACAAUGCCAGUGCAGUGGAGAUGAUCAAUCGCGGCCAAUUUCAACUGACUGAUUUGAACAAUCGAGCAGAUUUGUUGUCCACACGAGAUGGAUCUGUAUCGGGGUCGGUUCACUCGCACUCCCACAUUCCCUCCCUCUCUCACGAACCAUGUGCUUGUGCAUUUUGCCAAUGCAAUCUGUCGACUGUGCGUUGUGAAACUCCACCAGAUCCGACAAAGUAUGCGCUGAAAUUCGAACCGUCCAACGGUCUGAUUCACGUGGGUGAUAGCACCAUAUUCAAUUGCGUUCUAACUUCGGACAAUGCCAGUGCAGUGGAGAUGAUCAAUCGCGGCCAAUUUCAACUGACUGAUUUGAACAAUCGAGCAGAUUUGUUGUCCACACGAGAUGGAUCUGUAUCGGGGUCGGUUCUACCGCCGGAGUCUGAGUCGAGUUACACGACGGUGGGUAGUACGAUUGUGCGUUGUGAUUACCAACUAGACGGGAAGACGGAGGCGACAACGCAAUUGAACGUGCACAUAUUACCGAGAGACAUGGAUGGCACGCUAAACGGUCCAGAUGAUCCUGGUGAUGUGGUAUUGAAAAGAGGCGAUAAUAAGACACUGGAAUGCGAUCUGCUCCCACCGGGUACUACCGCUCGACUGGAUGGCUAUUGGAAGGCAAUUGUGAAUGGCGAGCAAGCAAACAUUGUCUCGUUGAAUUUGACCCAGGGUCGAGCGUUGAUCAGUCCGCCAUCUGGUUUUGACACCUAUGAACAAUUGGGUCAGGUUCAGGUCUCCUGUCAGUUCUAUUCGAAACAGGGUGAACUGUUGCACAAAUUCGAUCGGAAUGUCACUGUAGCCGGUGAGUGCUCACUCGCAUUAUUUGCCCGACCGGCAGAGUUCCGUUGCCGUGGUGUUCGCUCAUUCCCGUCCCCAAAGCGAGAUCACCCAGUCGUCGAUGGCAAAAAGAUUCGAACCAAAAAAGAUCAUACUUUAACUCGUUGGGUCGAUAUGGACUUAUCCGCUGCACUUAAUGUGCAAAGUUCUAUUCCAAUCUACCCAGACCUAUGUCCUCUCUCUACUAAAAAGACCUAA